ACCGGUUAUACCAAUGGAUUAGCAUUUGUUAUUGUUCAUAGUGGAAAAGCUUCGUUUGGAGCAGGUUCUAAGUAUUCGAGAUGAAUUAAUUAUUUCGUGACCGAAGCGAUUAUUGUUUUAAAGUCAGUUGAAUUACGCCAACGUAAUGAAUAAGUUGUAUACGCUGUCUUGGUAUUGCUGUUUCCCGGUUAUUAUCUCGGGAGCGGGUUUACGUGCGUAGGAUUUCAGUGCCAGGUUGAUCUGCUUUUAACGGAUCCCAACAUUUCCAGCUGAGGACGUUGAAAGGUGCCACUUUGGAGACUCCACCUGCCUGGUUCGCUCCAUCAAUGCCCUGAUCAAGCUCUAUCCAAAGGGAAUCCCGGAAAUAGGUUUACCGCCGUUGGACUCCUACAACUUUUCGGACUCCAUCAUUCUGGAAUCGCCACACCGCGGGCCCAUCUGGAUGGACUUUCGGAUGCGGGACAAUGUGAACAAGGGAUUCAACAAUGCCACCAUCACCCAUGUGGAGGGAUUUCUGUAUGAGCCAAAUCAGAAGCAUAUUGUGAUAAAGGCCCGUUUACCACGACUCCUCCACGAGGCCACCUACGAAAUGGUUGGCAGGGUUAUGCUCUUCUCCUACAACACCACCGGCCGUUUGUCCUCCGACUUGCAGAACUUCCGCAUAACUCUGACCCUCAAGACUUUGGUGGAGUACAGGAAUGACAAGCGCUAUCUGAAGAUUUACGAUCUAAAGCCCAGCAUUGACUUAGAUCGAUGGAUCAUUUCGUUGGAUAAUCUGUACAAGGUAAACACGGACGUGACCAUAUUAAUGAAUCGGCUGCUCAACGAAAACUGGGUGGAGAUCUGGAAUGAAAUUAACCCUGGCGUAAUCAAAUCCUUCACCAUUUCCUUCACUACCUUGCUUAACAAAGUGUUUGAGAAUAUUGCCUACGAUGACAUGUUUCUCCCGCCUCUAGAUAUAAGAAUGGGUACUUAGCUGCAUUGACC